CUUAGGAAAAAAACCCCCAGAAAUUGUCAAGGUAAAAAGAAGCGAGAGCUGGUGUAAAGAGGAAAUGACAGUCAGAUCUGGCCUCUCAAGUCAUCUGUGAAGUGAAGUGAAGUGAAAGAUGGAUGGAGCUCAGAGUGGCAAAGACAUCGAGCUGAACCAAGCUCAAGGGGAGGCCGGUCAGACUGAUGAACGCCCCAAAUGGGACAAUAAGGUUCAGUACUUGCUGACAUGCAUCGGAUUUGCUGUUGGCUUGGGCAAUGUAUGGAGGUUCCCUUAUUUGUGUCAGGUAUAUGGGGGAGGGGCGUUUCUGAUCCCGUACCUCAUAGCGCUGGUGUUUGAGGGGCUUCCACUUCUUCAUAUGGAGCUAGCUAUUGGUCAGAGGCUCCGCAUGGGCAGCAUAGGAGUUUGGAACUCAAUCUCACCUUAUCUAGGAGGAGUAGGUGUGGCUUCUAUGACUGUAUCAUUUUUGAUCGGUUUGUUUUACAACACUAUACUGGCCUGGGUUUUGUGGUAUUUCUUCCAUUCAUUCCAGAACCCACUGCCAUGGGAGUCAUGCCCAGUCUACAACAAUAACACUGACAUCGUAGAAGAAUGUAAGAAGAGCACUCCAGUGAACUACUUCUGGUACAGAGAGACACUAAAUAUCACUUCAAGCAUUUCGGUUAAUGGGGGCCUUCAAUGGUGGCUAGUGGUGUGUCUGGCUUCAGCUUGGUGUAUUGUCUAUAUCUGCUUCAUUCGAGGCAUCGAGACCAUUGGCAAGGCUGUGUAUGUCACAGCUACCUUCCCAUAUCUUGUACUCACCAUCUUUCUGGUCCGGGCAUUGACUCUGCCUGGAGCUACUAUUGGAUUGCGUCACCUCUUUACACCCAAAUGGGAAACACUAAAAAACCCAAAUGUGUGGUUGGAUGCAGCAACCCAAAUAUUCUUCUCUCUGUCUCUUGCAUGUGGAGGUCUCAUUGCAUUUUCCAGCUAUAACCCGCAAAAAAACAACUGUGAACGAGAUGCUCUUAUUGUUGGCUGCAUCAACAGUGCUACCUCAAUUUUUGCAUCAAUCCCCAUUUUUUCUAUCCUUGGUUUUAAAGCAUUGUCAAGCUAUAAUGAGUGUGUGCAAAGUAAUAUCAUGGAUUUGAAAAAUGCUUUUGAUAUUCCGGAUAUGAAUAUAACAGAAGCAAAUUAUGAGGAGUGGCUUACAAAACUUAAUGCUACAAAUACACAAGCGGUGCACAUGCUAAAUCUGACGACUUGCAAUCUCCAAACGUUGCUUGAUCAGAGUGCCUCGGGCACAGGGUUGGCUUUCAUUGUGUUUACAGAGGCAGUAAUAAAGAUGCCAGGUUCCCAGGUGUGGGCCGUGCUCUUCUUUAUUAUGCUCUUCAGUCUUGGCCUUUCGUCAAUGUUUGGCAAUCUGGAGGGCGUUUUGACCCCUCUGCUGGACCUGCAUCUUAUACCGAAGUGCAUUCCUAAGGAGAUAUUCACAGGUGUAAUAUGCAUGGUUUCAUUUUUGGUGGCACUUAUAUUCGCGAUGGGAUCAGGAAAUUACUGGCUGGCCAUCUUUAAUAACUACGUAGGUUCCUUGCCUCUGCUAGUCAUCGCAUUUUUCGAGAUCACAGCCGUGAUCUACAUCUAUGGUGCAAACAGGUUCAGUGAUGAUAUAGAGUGGAUGACAGGGCGAAGACCCAACCUGUACUGGCAAGCUACAUGGAGGGUAAUCAGUCCUUUGAUGCUGCUGGUGGUCUUCCUGGCUUAUGUGGUGGUACAGGCACAAGAAAACCCCACUUAUGAAGCAUGGAAUCCAUCUUAUGAGAAAUUUCCUGCUCCACAAAUCCUGGAAUAUCCUGGCUGGGUCUACACCAUUUGCAUUCUCUUGGCUGCUAUUCCCUCCUUACUUAUUCCACUUUGGGCAUUCUAUCAGUUAAUAAAAUGGUUAAAUAAGUAUCUUUCAGACAUACAAACUAAAACAUGUUAUAAUAAUGAAGGGUAUGAGGUGGAAACAUAAGCAUUCUAAUUGAAUUUAACUUUUUAAAACGCACAUUAUUUCUUCCUAAAGGAAAACUUACCAGUUGAGAAAUCUUCAAAAAGGAUAUCCUGACACCAAAAUACUAUAACCAAUUGUAUCUAUUGUUUUUGAAUUCAACACAUAUUUGAUGUUUAUGAAAUAACGUAAAUGGACCAUUCUAUGUAAAAUAUUUUUUUAAAUUCUAGAGGUUACUGUGCAAUAAAAACCUGGAUGUUGCAA